CGAUGGGGCAUUAAAUCCGCUGCUAUUUUUUUUCCUAUUGGAUACUUUGAUGAAUUUGAGUCUUCAACCAAAUUAGAACACCACUAUUUCUCCAUUCUUCCUUUUUUUCAGUGCCGCUAUCUUCUUCGAAUAAUCAAAUGGCGAACGAUGGUGCUUUAAGGUUGGCUAUAGUAUGGCUAUCGGUGAUCAUGGUUUUAGUUGGGGUAUUCACGUUUUCUUUGAAGAAAAUUAUGGUAACUUACGCGUUUGGGAUGCUCGGAAUUAGUGGGAUACUGUUGCCCGACUGGGAUUUCUUCGAUCGUGAAUUUUCUCGCUGGCCUUAUCCGGUUACUGCCGAUGAAAGAGCUGCUCUUCAAGCUCGAAGAUCUGGAUUCAAAAGGUACAGGAUUUACCCAAUGAGAGUAAUUAUUUACACCACAAUUUAUAGCAUUGGCCUUUACAAGUGGUGGAUUUUAGUAUCAAGUUAAAUCAAGGAACUCUACAAAUACUUCUUUUGGGUAUUAUUAUUAUUUUAGGUCAUCAUCAUCAUCAUUAUUUAUUCAACAGAGUUUCUGGAGGAGUUAAUUUCUCAGUUCAUAUUGUGUACAAUUGUGACGAUGGAGGACAUAGCAAAUAAAUUGUGCAGGUGUAUUGUUGUAUGGAUACCUUGGGUCUAGCUGCUGGACAUGCAGGGACUAUGAUGUUUUUCUGUGCCAUUUAUAGUCAAUUUAUUUUUUUAACUUCUUUUAAA